AUGCCAUCGUCUGCUAUCCCAUCUCGCGUCGACGUCCUCAUCGUUGGCGCUGGCCCAACUGGCCUGACGCUUGCUGCUGAGCUGGUGCGGCAAGGCGUCACCAACGUUGCAAUCGUCGAUCGUGCACCGGCACUUGUGAUGCAAACAAAGCCUCGGUGCUCUGGCCGCGGUCGCUCGAGCUGCUCGAAGCCUACGAUGGCGUCGUCGACGCUCUGCACGAGCGAUGCCUCCGCGCCUGUCGGACGACGUUUCGUGACCGAGGCGGCGUUAUCAACUCGGUGCCGCUGGACGCACACAUGGACUCGCCGUACCCGUAUGGGCUCCUCACGGAGCAAUGGUAUACCGAGCAGUGCCUUGCCUCGUACGUUGAAAAGCACGUUGCGAUCCAUCGGUCGACGACGCUACAGAGCUACACCCGCA